AACGUAAUAUAGCCGAGUACUGUGAAAGAAACGUGAUUUAAACUUUCAUAAUGUCUUAACUACCUCAACACCAUGAGACGUCACACAUCGCUCCCGUUCACUUCAUGCAUAGGUGCGCUGGGUCACAUAGACUGUGUGGGAUUACUCAUUUCCGACCGAGGCGCGUCGCGAGACAUUCAUACAAACAAUCCAAGAUCGAAUCGGACGUACAAUUCUGGAUACAUGUGCACGAUAUUACAGAAAAUACAGACGCAGACUCAGUGAGGGAGAGUUCAUUUUUCAAGAAUGGGUGAAGUUCAGCUGAAACAGAUCAACCCUCUGGUUGCGGACAGUACAGGGAAUGGUCAAGACAACCCAGCUUAUGUUCACUCAAGUAUUGACAGUCUUCCAAAUACACAAGAAGAGACUGGACUGAGGCAUCGCAAGAACAGCCUUCCAUAUGAUCCCGAAAACCAGAUGGAUGACGAUAUGAAUUGUUGUCAAAGAGGCCUCACAUCAGCGCAAAGAAAAGUCAUAUCUGUUUACGAGGAAAACGCUACAUGGAUAUGGAGAAUCAUUGCUAUUGUUGUAUUUCUGCUAUACAUGGCAUAUUUUGGCUAUGCCAUGUACUACAAAUUUGGCGAUGAGGCUUCCAUCAGACUUUUAGUAUUGACCAUAUUUGUUGUUUUUCUCAUCGUGAUGAAGCUGGUGUGGGACUCCAUCAAGGCCCCUUUUGAAGCAUGUGGAAAGACGUUCACUAACACAGACAAUGCCAAAAGAAUGAGAGUUGUUCGAUAUGUGAUGUACGUGUUGUGCGUGAUUGCCAUCAUCGUGAUCCUGGUGAUUGAGGUGGCCAUCCCCACACCUGACAACCUGAUAUCCCUCGCAGGUCUCGCUGCCUUCAUCAUCUUGUGCUUCAUCACCUCCACUAACCCUGGAAGGGUCGACUGGCACCCCGUUUUCUGGGGACUGGCUCUGCAGUUCUUCUUUGCUGCCAUCAUCCUGCGGACACAGUGGGGAUACGAUGCGUUCAAGUGGCUUGGUGAUCGAGUGACAGAGUUUCUGGCCCACACUAAUGCUGGAUCUGAGUUCGUCUUUGACAAACCUGGGCUUCAUUUCUUUGCCUUUUCUAUUAUGCCUGUGGUCACUUUCUUCAGCGCCUUCAUCUCCAUCACCUAUUACCUGGGUAUCAUGCAAGCGAUUGUUAAAGUCUUUGGGCGCUUCCUGUCCUUCUGUCUGGGAACAACACCAGCGGAAUCGCUGAAUGCUGCGGGCAACAUUUUUGUCGGAAUGACUGAAGCUCCUCUUAUGAUAAAGCCAUUCUUGGAUACGAUGACAAUUUCUGAGCUCCAUGCAGUGAUGACUGGAGGAUUCGCUACAAUUGCAGGAAGUGUGCUUGGAGCCUACAUUGGGUUUGGGGUUCCUCCCAAUCAUUUACUGUCAGCGUCAGUAAUGUCCGCCCCAGCGGCCCUCGCCAUCUCUAAACUGAUGUGUCCAGAGACCGAAGUCACUAUUUCGUCGUCGGAAGACUAUAAUAAAAUGAAAAAAGGGCAACAACGCAACCUGAUUGAGGCCGCUUCUGAGGGUGCAUCAACGUCCAUCGGCCUUAUCGCCAACAUCGUUGUCAACGUCAUGGCUUUUCUCGCUCUCCUCGCCUUCGUCAAUGCCACACUUACCUGGUUUGGGGACCGGGUAGGAAUAGAAGGCUUGACCUUUGAGUUAAUUUGCUCCUAUCUGCUGUACCCAGUGGCCUUGUUCAUGGGUACACAGCCAUCUGACUGUCGUCGCGUGGCUGAGCUGAUUGGCGUGAAGACCUUCACGAACGAGUUCAUAGCCUACAAAUCUCUUCAGGAACUGCUGCAAAACAGACAGACGUUCCUUAACUACACACAGAACUACGGCUAUCAGGAUGACUGGCACUGGGAUGGCCAAGCUGCUGUUCUUACUCAAUGGAAUAUGACGCUUAAGAGAGGAUUCAUGGAGGAACGCUCAGAGGUGAUAUCAACGUAUGCAUUAUGCGGGUUUUCAAACGUUGGAUCCAUGGGCAUCCUCCUGGGUGGGCUAUCGGCGCUGGCUCCGUCUCGGAAGAAGGAUCUUUCUUCCAUAGUACUGCGGGCCAUGAUAGCAGGGAAUAUGGCAUGUUUUUUCACAGCAUGUAUAGCGGGUUUGUUUUUCAAAGAAUUCUAAGCCAUCAGUGAGAAACAAUAUAAUCGUGGGAUUUACAAUAAAAGAAACUAUUGAGAUAAACACACACUGUAUUAACCAUUAUCGUACUCGACUCAGGUGGACAGAAAAUGGCAGAAAUGAUGCAUAAUACAUAUUUAUCAUAAGAGAGAUAUGACGUGAUACAAUUUGUUGAAUAUAUUUUUGAAUUAGCUAAUUAGAAACAACCAAUGCCCAUAUGGGCCCAUAUUGCUCGGUGUUGCUUCUUCAAUGAAGUGGGGAAUACGUGGCCCAGUCGUCUAAGGCGCCGCGAUUCGCUGUGCAGAGUUGCGUCCCUUGGGCACGCCAGAAACCUAUGAUUGUGGGUUUGAAUCCCGGUUCACCUCGAUUAUGUUUCUAGGUUUGUCAGCACCAUACCCGUGCUCGUGGGUUUCACCAAAGUGGUAAACGUCUGAGGCCUGCAUCCUAUCGGGCUUUCCUCCCACAUUAAGCUGACGCGCCGUGAUAUAACUGUAAUACUGUUUAAAGCGGCGUUAAACCUAACUCACUCACACUCACUCUUCAAUGAAGCCUAAUUAAAUGUUAAGGAGAAUAUCUAGCACCAUGGCUUAUAAUAUGGCUUAUGAAAUUAUAGUCAGAAUUUAAUUUUGCUUUUUGACAAAUUAGUAAAUACAGUAAACUACGGUUAUAACGAACUCAAAGGGACUACUAAUUUUAGUUCGUUAUAACCGUAAUUCGUUAUAAGCAUAUAUACAGCAUAACUACAGCAUAUGGUCGGGACUAAAAAGUUAGUUCGUUAUAUCCGUUAGUUCGUUAUAAGCGUGUUCGUUAUAACCGUAGUUUACUGUAUAUGAUUGGUGUAACAUAACACGACAGACAUUCAGUUUUAUUAAUUGUUAACAAAUGUAAUCGUGAAAAUAUUAUGCUCUGACACCAAAAGGCCCAAAGAACUGAAAGUUAAAGAGGAUUUGUCAGAACAAAAUAUGACUUUGAUUUCAUUAUAUUAUGGUAGUGAAAUACAUAGAACAAAUAUGAUUCAACCUAUGGAACACGUUUUGGGGAAAAAAUAUCAUGACUGCUGUACAGGGUAUUUUAAUAUGAUUCAUAUGACAGGAAAUCCUACCAUUACAUUCACAAUACACAUUCCACGUUGCGCCGGACGUUUGACAAAUGAUUGACGCAAUGCACCAGGACACGCCGUGAUAUAACUGGAAUAAUGUUAAAAGCGGCGUUAAACGUUAAACUCAAUGCACCAGGUAGGCCUUGGUGUAAGUGUUCUGACAUAUUUAUUCUAAUAUGUUGCGGGGGCACGGGUGGCCCAGUCGUAUAAGGCGCCGCGAUCCGCUGUGCAGAGUUGCGUCCCUUGGGUACGCCAGAAACCUAUGAUUGUGGGUUCGAAUCCCGCUUGGCCCCGAUUAUGUUUCUAGGUUUGUCAGCACCAUACCCGUGCUCGUGGGUUUCACCAAAGUGGUAAACGUCUGAGACCUGCAUCACUUCGGGCUUUCCUACCACAUUAAGCUGACACGCCGCGAUAUAACUGGAUUACUGUUAAAAGCGGCGUUAAACCCAACUCACUCACUCACUCUAAUAUGUUGCUAUGCCAUCCGCACCGGAAGUAUAUUUCAGACCACAUCUCAUUGGCAAACUGUAGCAAUGCCUUGUCACAGAGACAUUGUACGUGCGCAUCAUUGUCGGCACUUUGCAUGUUGCUUUAAGCUUUGAUAAAUCGGCUGCAUGUUUUUUAUCUCUUACAUAUUCACAAACAUUACACCUCAAACCCCUCUCCUUGAAAACUAAUCUUGAAUGAAUAUAAAUCAAAAGGAUUUUGUAAAAUAAUUGUUUGAAAUAAUUGAUUUUUUCUCAAAGUGUCAAUACUGCAGAAUCACUUCAGGACAGAUUAAAUAUGUCUAAAUAAAUAAAAGCUUCAACCCCACUUUCAUAAUCAUUAGAAAUCAUUCCUAUUUAGAACAAUUUUUGAACACAGUAUGCCUAUUGGCCUUGAGUCAUAUAUCUUACUUGGCUAAGAUAAAUACCAUGGACACGAUAUUCCAACCAAAUAAUCAACCAUUACUGUUGGAGAUGCGUAUGUUUAUUCGUAUAAAUCAUCAGGCAAUUGUGAACUUGAAUGUUUUUAAACUUACAAAAUUUGUCGCUUCUACUUUUCAUUGUUUGUAUCAAAAUAUGUUUGUUAAACAUGAUUAUUGUUGAGAGUUCUGUGGAUGAUAGCUUAACUUGGAAUGAGUUAUUCUAUAUGUCAAGUUUCUAUAUUUCUAAACUGAGGGUUAAUUCAAACAUAAACUUGAAUUGAUUACACGAUUUAUUAGAAAUGUUUAUUUGCUCAAAUGUAUAAUUCUCAGCUAUUCUGUGUUGCUUAUAUCGCAUGUUGUGAUAUAUCACAAUGAUUCAAACAAACUGGGCAACAGAAACUAUACCUCUCAGUUGUUUUAUAUGUUUGAUUUUCAAAUGAAAACAUCUUAAGUUAGCGAUAUUAUAUAAAAAAUGAGCAGUACUAAAAAAAUACUUCUAUAUGGUGUUACUUUGUUAAAGAAAGAAUGAAAGACAGACAGCUUUACACAGCUGCUAAUGGGUAUCUCAUACAUCUCAUCUAAAUUAGGGGUAGGGGUCAUGUGGUUGCAGCUUGAUUUCCUACCCCAGUCUUCAUUGAAACAUAGAGAAUCUCACCCGAGUGUCUUUUGAUAUCAAAUAUAUCAACACGAGUUGAUAAAUUUAAAAGUGGCAAAACUCCGAGGCUUGUCAAACGACAUUAGGGUGAGAUUUUAUUUAUCAUCCAACAUCAUUCUUCCAGCCUUUUCAGUUUGUAGACUGUAAUAAGCAGUGUCUUAAGUGUAAAACGUAUUGCUAACAGUUUCAGUAGCAGAGCCAUUGGUGAUGUCAUUUGAUUAUGACGUCAUGGUAACCAAUGACGUCACAAUGGUCUGCAAAGCAAUGUGAUGCAAUUUCAUUGAAGCGAUAUCUACAGUGUAGAUAUCGCUUGAUCUUAUUUAUUUGUACACACAAUUACCCAACAGAAGAUUACAUUUUUACAGAUAUGAGUGAUGGUAAUAGACAUAAUCAUAUUUAACAACAGUUCUUUCAAUUUUGAAUUGCAGAAAAAACAAAGUCGAUAUAGUUUCUUUUGCCCCUCAGUUUAUGAACAAGCAUUUGAUAUAUCGAGAUCUAGUGCAUUAAAGCAAUGUUACAAUGUACACGUUUAAACGACAUGUAACAGAAGGCAUGAUUUGUGUAUGUUUUUUUAAAUCAUUUGCACAUAUUUUAUUAAUAAACGUUUCUAUUUA